AUGGCGGCUGGAAAUGCCCUUUUUGUGUACUCUGUGCCGGAAACGCCGUGGCACGUGGUGGUGACGGACCAAAGCCGGCAUUUCUACUUCAAUUCGGCCACAAAAACGUCGGUGUGGCAGAUCACGGAAACCGAUGAGGGAGUACUGGAGAAGAUCGAUUACAACCAAUUGGCGGUGCUUUUCGCCAAAUCUCGCGGCUGGGCGCCCAGAGAGAAGGAGCGGCCGCGGAAGGAGGUGAAGAAGGCUCAAAAGGAGGAAAUCGUGGAGAAAGUGGAGGAAAAGGUGGAGGAGAUGGAGAACCCUGAAAGUGAAGAAGAGGAGGAGUACGUGGAGCCAGAGGUACCACACGACUUGAUUGGGUCGAUUGUGGCGGAUGCAGGCCCAGCUGAAGAGGAGGAAGAAGAGGAGGAGGAAGAGGAAGAGGCCAAGGAGCAGACUGGAGGAUUGGGGAUUCUUCAAGGCUACGGAAGUGACUCUGAAGAGGAGGCAGAAGAGGAGGCCGAGAUUCCUGAAAAGGAUGUUGAUCCAGAGGAUGUUGAUCCAGAGAAAGUUGACGGAAGUGAUGUCGCUGAAUCGGAGGAGGACGUCAAUGCCGGGCUAGAGCUCGGAAUCCUGGAGGACGAAGGUGAAGAUGAUUCUGGGGAAGAUGCUAAAUCUGCUUUCAAGGAACUACUAUCGCAGCAUCAGGGCACGUUCUCCAAGUACGACCCGUGGUUUCUUGUGGCCGAGGAGCUUGUAUCGGUUUUGGCACAGGAGCCAGCUUUCUAUACGAUUCUGGACGAGACCAAGGAGACCAUUUUCAAUGAAUGGGUUGCUGAGCAGGGUGACUCUAAAAGCGGCAUCUACCCUACUGAAGUCCUCCGCUUUUUUCAAUCACUUCAGGAGCACAAAAGCGAGAUACGAAAGUUGCCCUAUGUUCAAUUCAAAGAGCAGUAUCCUAUAGACUCUGAGGUCGAGGACCAGGACAAGCUCUACCGACAAUUUCGAGCCACUUUGGUGGAAUUCGCCGAAUACGAAAAAAAGCUCAAGAAGAGCGGCUACAAGGGCGAGAACCUUAAGGUGAAGCGAGUAGCUGAAUUUGUGGCUGCCGAGUUGAAGGGGUUGGAAGUUGCACAUCAAGAGCACGAGCUGCAGGCAGAUCUGUUCUUUGAAAAGUGGGUGGAUCUCUGUAACCACUUUGAUUUACCCCAAUCCAUGGUGGAAAGCCCGGUGAAUUUCAUUCUUGGCGAUGAGAAGAGGUACGUUUGUUAUAGAGAUGCCUUGAAGUGA